GUCAGACAACGAAAUCUGUGUCAGUAGAUGAUUAUAUAAUCAGUACAUUAUACGCAAUAAGUCAAAAAUGAAAGCUAUAAUUUUAAUUGCUAUAAUUGCUGUUAUUGUUGUUGAAGCUGAUGAAGCUAAUAAACCUGUCCACCUGAUUCCUCUACAACCUGGAACCUGCGCAGCGGAAAUAAAUAAUACGGUAUCAAAUCAAGAUAAAGAGUUGGGGAACAUCAUUAAGCGGGGCAAAUCCGAUGAUGCACUUACCUCAUUAGCAAUUCACGCAAAGUCGCUAAGUCUAAGUAAUGUACAGAAAUUACGGGAUAUGCAUACUUUAACAAACUUUUUAGUUGCACAUUCAAUCAAUUUGAUAGAGAAAUAUCCGACAGUAAGAGGAACCUGAUGGAUAUAUUCCAAAAUGCGGUGUACCUUGUUUUAGAUACACAUCACAAUUUACUGUAAUAAACAAAAUACAAUCGUAUAAUGUAACGUAUUUGAUCGAACAUUGACUUUUUGUCGAACAUUGUCUUUUUAAGAAACCCAUAUGUUUGUAUUUCGUAUUAAGACAUUUGAAGUGCAUUUAAAAAGGUUUGUGAGUCAUUCAAUUAAUUGUAAUUAAUUAAUUAAUUUUUCGCCAUGCGUUUAACCGAAAUAAAUAAAUUAUACAAAUUUUUUGUAUCGAAUCGUUUGUAUUUUGUAUGAAGAGUUAUGAAGCAUGAUUAAAAAGAUUUGUGAAUCAUCCA